AUGGAGUCGAGCAGCGCCAAGAAGAACACCGUGUCCGAGUUCAGCUACAUGCUGCAACGACAAGGCAGUGACGAUUCGGCCGAGGUGAACGCGUUCGAUGACAUCAACUCGUUGAUGAAGCGAGAGCAGGGCGCCAGCAAACCGCCGGAACCGACCCUAUCGUCGCUCCCGCAAGCAUCCUUCAACUACAUCAACUCCAUCGUUGGCAGUGGCGUCAUCGGCAUCCCGUACGCCCUGCACCGGGCCGGCUUCGGACUCGGGCUGUUCGUGCUGGUGAUCGUGGCCACGAUCACGGACUACUCGCUCAUCCUGAUGGUUCGAUGUGGCCACCUGAGCGGACGGUUCAGCUAUCCGGGCGUGAUGGAGGCCGCGUACGGCAAGGGAGGCUACUAUCUGCUUUCGUUGCUACAAUUUAUGUACCCAUUUCUAGCCAUGAUAUCGUACAAUGUCGUCGUCGGCGAUACGCUCUCGAAGGUCCUGGUGCGCCUGGUGCCCUCCUGGGGCAGCUCGAUGGGCGCGGUUCGCUUCGGGGUGGUGCUGGUCGUCACGGUCUUCGUCGUGAUACCGCUCUGUCUCUACAAGAACGUGUCGCGGCUGGCAAAGGCCAGCUUCCUAAGCCUCGCCUGCGUGGUGCUCAUUCUGAUGGCCGUCGUUUACAGGCUGCUGUCAGGCGAUUACAGCGUGGUCCCCGACACACCGGAAUCAUGGCGAUUCGCCCACAGCGAUCUCAUACCGGCCGUUGGCAUAAUGGCGUUCGCUUUCAUGUGCCACCACAACACGUUCCUGGUGUACCAAUCGAUGCAGGACGCGACCAUGGAACGCUGGGAGAGGGUUACACACAUUUCGGUCGGCUUUGCCUGGCUCGUCGCAGCCCUGUUCGGCAUCGCCGGAUACUGCACCUUCCGGGCACUGUCGCAAGGUGAUCUGCUGGAGAACUACUGCUGGGACGAUGACCUGAUGAACUUUGCGCGGGUCCUGUUCUCCGUCUCGAUACUGCUCACUUUUCCGAUCGAAUGUUUCGUGUCGCGCGAGAUCGUGCGAACGCAGCUGAAGCGGUUCUACUCGCACGAGGUGAUCGAGUACGACACGGACAAGGAUCCGAGCCACGUCACGGGCGAGGACGACGAUCGGCAGUCGAUGCUAACGACGCUGGUGAUCGUGUUUGCCGCAUUCAUCAUCUCACCGUACACCGAGUGUCUCGGUCCGGUGCUGGAGUUGAACGGUCUGCUGGCAGCGAUCCCUCUGGCGUACAUCCUUCCGGGGCUGGCCUACAUCCAGCUCAGCCCACACUCGCUUUUCAGCCAGGAGAAACUUCCGGCCGUGGGGCUGGUACUGUUCGGCACCGUCGUCACCAUCUCCGGAGCGGCCAUCCUAAUGCCUAACCUGAUCGGGGACUGCCGGACCGGCAUCAUCAUGGGCUACUGUAAGGACGAUGAGCUAGCGAUGAACGGGACGUCGCUCGUGGCGGCCACCACUUUGGCUCCGAACUGCGCCACGGACAAAAUGUAAGGCGCGUAAGCAA